GAAAGAAGCAUCUGGACGGAGGACUGCGUCAUUGGAGCCCCGCGAUAAGGAUGUAUAAAAGCCAGGCCAGGUCUCUGCAUUCACGGGCAUGGCUGGGAAUCACACCUCUUGUGUUCACAGACGACUCUCUCCAUCUCCAUGUUCCUCUUCCUUCCCAUCGUUUUUCUUCUUCUCUGCACUCUGCAAUGGAUUGUGGAUCGGAAGAGACGUUUUCGACACUUCGAAAAGCUGAGGAUCCCCGGACCCAAGCCGAAUUUUUUCUUCGGUAACCUCUGGGAACUCCGACGAAGCGGCGUUGCUGAAUUCUACAUCUUCGAGAGGUGGAAACGAUCGUACGGCGACAUUUUCGGCUAUUAUUCUGGGACGAGACCUGUGCUCGUCGUCACGAACUUGGAUUUGAUCAGGCAAAUAUUGAUAAAGGACUUCAACAAGUUCCACGACCGACCCAAAGUUCCAGUUAAUGUGGAACCAGUUUCCAAGACUCUGGUAGGAUUGAGAGGACAAAGAUGGACGACGAUAAGACGACUUCUCGCCCCGGCCUUCUCCAAUCACAAACUUCAAUCUAUGUCUGUACCCGUGAAAGAUAAAGUACAGAUUCUCCUCGAUACCGCGGAAGAACAUGCAACGAAUGGUGAAUCCUUGGAUUUCGCGACUGCCACAGAGUGUCUGAGUUUCGACGUGAUCUGCGAAUGUGCUCUGGCUCUCCCUGGGAAUAGUCAGAAGGAUCAAACGGAUCCCUUGUUUCAGGCAUCUCGGACCUUCCUGGAACAAGGGAAGAACAUGUUCACGUUUUUCGCCAUCGUAUUUCCGCCCCUGGCCAACAUAUUCGCCUUCCUCAAUCGACAUUUUGCCAGCAGCGGUCUCUCCACCUGCCAAAUCAUCAAAAGCCUCCGUGGGGUCCUAGAGGAGCGACGGCAACAACCUCGGACGAGACGGGUCGACGUCCUGCAAGUCCUCGUCUGGGGGGCAGAGAAACGGCGACGGACUCUCACGGAAUCCUCCACCGAUUCCGAGUGGUGCAACGACGACAACACAGACAAGGUGGAUCUGUCCGACGACGAAAUCAUUGCCAAUGCCUGGGUCUUCCUUCUGGGGGGAUUCGAUACGACAGCCCACGCCACGGCUUUCACCAUCUAUUUGCUUGCCAAGUAUCCCCACGUUCAAGAAAAACUCCUCCAAGAACUCAAGGAACACAUCCCCCUGUCGACGAGAGUGGGAUACCAGCAACUUCGAGAUCUUCAGUACCUGACUAGGAUCAUCCGGGAAUCCAUGAGACUUUAUCCGCCCGUGGAAAGCUUCGUGAUGAGAGAAGCUGCCUGUGAUGUGAACUACCCUGACGUGAAGAUACCCCAGGGAACGUUGAUCCAGGUACCCCUAUGGAUCAUUCAUCGGAAUCCCGAGAUUUGGCCACAACCUGAACAUUUCGACCCUGAUAGGUACUUUACCCUCGCUUCGUUUUAA